GAAAAUGAGGACUCUGGGGUGCACCGAGCGUCGUGCACCCCAGAGGCUGGUUGAAGUACGUUGAUGGGGAUUUGUUUUGAUUCUCGGAAGCCUAAGUUCAUCUCCAUUUCUGCAUCCUGGAGACAUGUGACUCAGACUUAGAAUCCAGCCUUUGACAUACAGUGUCCUCCAGUCCUGCUCCAGUUCUGCCCCCGUAGAACUUUGCCCAGGAUGUUGGAGUUACGGCAUAUCAGUGUUUUUGGAUGGCGCUGUGUCUGAGGACUCCGACUGCUCUGAUAAUAGCCUGAGAAGACGGCAUGCUGUUCCUUCCCAGCGCCAAGCUGGACCUAUCCUGAACCUUGGAUCUCAGUCCUUCAUGGAGACCAGCUCCUGGCAGGAAAUUGGCACCCAGAUGGUUCCUCUAUGUGAAGUUGUCUCUGGCUGCGGGCUGACUGGAGGACACCUGGUAGCCAGGCCAGCCCUCUCUCAGUCAUCCGGGACAGGGCAGCAUGGUGCGGAUUCAGAGGCAGAAGCUUCUGGCAUCUUGUCUGUGCAUGACUGCUACCGUCUUUCUGAUGGUCACACUGCAGGUCGUGGUUGAGCUUGGAAGAUUUGAAAGGAAGAAGUUUAAAAAUUCCAAUUUGCAAGAUGGACAUAAAAAAGUGGAGGAAGAGCCUCACCGUCUCCACCCAUUUCCUGAAAAGGAAGCGCUAGCCUUGGGUGUGAAGAACACAGUGGACGUUGGGAGCUACCCCAUUGUGCUGUGGUGGUCCCCACUGACAGGGGAGACUGGCAGGCUGGGCCAGUGUGGGGCAGACGCUUGCUUCUUCACCAUCAACCGGACCUUCCAACAGCAUCACAUGACCAAGGCCUUCCUCUUCUACGGUACUGAUUUUAACAUAGACAGCUUACCUCUGCCUCGGAAAGCCCAUCAUGACUGGGCCCUUUUCCAUGAAGAGUCCCCCAAAAACAACUAUAAGCUCUUCCACGAGCCGGUCAUCACCUUAUUCAACCACACAGCCACCUUCAGCAGGCAUUCCCACUUGCCGCUGACCACCCAGUACUUGGAGGAUGUGGAAGUCCUGACAUCACGCAGAUACCUAGUUCCUUUGCAGUUGAAAAACAACCUAAGACAAAGGCUUGCUCCACUGGUUUACGUACAGUCCGACUGUGAUCCACCCUCAGACAGGGACAGCUAUGUUCGGGAGCUGAUGGCUUACAUCGAAGUGGAUUCCUACGGUGAGUGUUUACGGAACAAAGAGCUUCCUCAGCAGCUGAAAAACCCAGCCUCCAUGGACGCCGAUGGCUUCUACAGAAUCAUCGCCCAGUAUAAGUUCAUCCUGGCCUUCGAGAAUGCCGUCUGUGAUGAUUACAUCACAGAGAAGUUCUGGAGACCGCUGAAACUGGGGGUCGUGCCCGUGUAUUAUGGAUCCCCCACCAUCGCAGACUGGCUGCCAAGUAACAGAAGUGCCAUUCUUGUUUCGGAAUUUUCUCACCCCAGAGAACUGGCAAAUUUCAUUAGGCAGCUGGAUUAUGAUGACCGAUCGUAUGAGGCCUAUGUAGAGUGGAAACUGAAGGGCGAGAUCUCUAACCAGCGACUUCUGACAGCUCUCCAGGAACGGAAGUGGGGAGUGCAAGACAUCAAUCAGGACAACUACAUUGAUACGUUUGAGUGUAUGGUGUGCCACAGGGUGUGGGAAAACAGCAGGCUACAGGAGCAGGGCUUACCACCCAAACAGUGGAGGGCAGACGUUAGCCACCUGAGUUGCCCAGAGCCUAGCCUGUUCGCCUUCUCAUCCCCAGCCGCUCCGGCCCUGCGUGGGAGAUCGUUGAGAGAGCUGUGGCUCCCCAGCUUUCAGCAGUCUAAGAGAGAAGCCCAGGCCCUAAGGUGGCUGGUGGAUAGGAAUCAAAACUUUUCGUCUGAAGAGUUUUGGGCCCUGGUCUUCAAGGACUAGUUUUACAUGGUACUAGAAUGACAGAAUUAGACUAAUUUUCUUGGAUGCCUUAAUAUUUGGAGAUAAUAGCCAUUCCGUUGAGUAUCCUUUAGAGCAAGAAUUAAUUGUAGCCGUUCUCACAAAGAGCCCUGUCAAAUAAUAGCUGUGAGUUAACUUUUAGAGGUUGCCUCUAUAUUUCAGUCUCUGCGCUUGGACCCAUAUGCUCGCCGUCUUCUGUGGAGACUGACCUAAGGUCAAGUGCUCUCCUGGCUGCAGAUCUAGCUGUGGAAGGGUGAUCCUCACCUCCCUGUCAGCAGCUCGUUGGUGUUUGGCAAGCCCGGUUUCUUGGUGCGGAGAAUGAGUGAAGCGCAUUAGAACUUGGCAAUGAGAGAUUCCAUCUGUUCUCAGGGAUGGGAGUAAGAAAAGCUUUGUCAGGCAUCUCUGUCCUCCCAGUCCAAAGGACACAACUUCCUUCGUCUUACACCCCCAAGCCAACUCACUAGCAAAGGGGCUCUAUUUGGCCUGAGCAUGGCACUCAUGGCUCAGGCAGGCCUUGCCCUUCCCCUGUUCCCUCCGUCUUGCUAAACUGUUAGGUUAUGCUUGUAAAGUUAGCCGCCAAGGUCUCUUCCCUUAUUUGGCCACUUCUUGCCCCUGAGGAUGACCACCGAGGCCCAGCUAUCAAAGUUUUAAAGUCCAACAAUCAAAAGCCUCCUUUUGGCUGCCCCAAUUAACAUGCUCAACCAAAGUUAAACAUCUCGUUCUAACAUAGGUGUCUCCCCUUUUCUUUAUAAACUGCCAUUUAUCUGUGGGUCUCCUCUCUAUCGAGAGGCAGUCUGUCCCACUGUGGCAAAUGUCCCUUCCCUCUCAUCCUCUGGUCCUCUGUCUCCUGCCCUUGUCUUUUAUUUCCUGUUCUUUGUCUCUCUGGGUAAAGUAAAUCUCCUUUGUGCUGAGAACUUGGUCUUGGGCUGUCUCGUGCCCACUUCGAUGUCCUUUCAACCAGUCUGUCUAUAUUCUCUUCACCUGUGGCCUCCUCUGAUUUCUCUCUGAAGUGCAAUUUUCUCUAAAAAUAUGUCUCCUAGUUUUUCUAUCUGUGAGAUGUCACUAAUUGUUUCUUAUACCAUGGAGCGGGAGAGGAAGAGAUGUCCGGUUCAUGGCAAAGAGCCAUUUGUUUUGUUCCGGGUGGUGGAAGUGAAUGCCCUGGGCUCUCCUCUGGGGUGAAUCUGAUUGUCAUGAGCACGGUGUAUUCAUUCUAUCAUCGUAGGCAGUUCGUCUCCUGUUGAGCAUUGCUGGUUUCUAAUGUGGUCAGAGAACGUUCAGCCUACUGGUUACCUACUGGUGCUCUCUGAAAACAAAGAGAAGUAACACUGGCAUUCAAUCCAUUAGAUGAUAAGCCUGUUGGUAACUGUUGUGUUGACGUCUGUGUUCUUAACUGUGGAAAUACAUACACCAUUGCUCUCGAGCUCUGACUGCCAGCCUGCAAGAAAUGAGGAUAAAAAGCAGCAUAGUCUUGUUUUUUUAAAAAGAUUUAUUUAUUAUAUAUACACAGUGUUAUGCCUGCUUGUAUGCCUGCAGGUUAGACAAGGGCACCAGAUCUCAUUACACAUGGUUGUGAGCCACCAUGUGGUUGCUGGGAAUUGAACUCAGGACCUUUGGAAGAGCAGGCAGUACUCUUAACUGUGAGCCAUCUCUCCAGCCCCAAACAGCACUUUCUUGAUGAGUUGUAGGGUCCCUUGCUGGUGGAAGAACCCGUCUGUGGAGAGAUUCUCCUCAACUCUACAUCUGUCGUUAAUUCAAUAUGAUUUUUUUGUUUGUUUGUUUGUUUUUGUUUUUUAAGACAGGGUUUCUCUGUGUAACAGCCCUGGCUGUCCUGAAUUCAACAUGAUUUUAGACAAGUCUCUUAACCUCCCUGGACCUUGGGUUUUGGAUCUUAAGAAGUGACUGAACUUGUCUUUGAGGUUGUAUCAUUCUUUAAUUCCUCAUGAAAAUUUGAGAUGUUUAAUUUUAUAGGUGCUUUUACUAACGUGGGAAUAAACUGGCUUAGAUGUGUGUUUUUCAAGAGAAGUUUAUUCUUUGGAGAAUGGACCAUAUGUAUUUUACACAGUAUCAGGACUGAAAGGGAUUUUCUCCCAUUUUAUGUAAUGACAUCAAAGCAGCGAAGUCUGAAAGGGGUUGUUGGUAUAAGGUCAGGCUUUAAAGUGUAUACUGGAUGAAGUGGAAUUCUUCUGAAUUCUCAGAAAUGGUCUUCAAAAGGAUUUAUGCCUUUGACAAAAUAACGUAGUAGCUUUACUUUCUCUCCAUAAAUGUCUAAAACAAAUGCUGAGUACUUCACGUGUGUCUUAAAUCUCAAUAUUUCAGGUGAUUAUUAACAUUGUGAGAACUUCACAUAUGAUACAUGUGUGAUGAGAAUGAUUCUCCACCUUUCCCAGUGUCCCUGCAAUGUCCACUCUUCCCAACUUUGUCUUUUAAAAAUGCAUUAGAACGCACGAAAUCUAAUCAGUUUUGCUCAUAUGUGCACGGGUGAGGGGCCAUACACUGGCUCAUAGGAGCAUUGCCAGUGGCCACAUUCUCCCUUGGAAAUAGCUCCUCUGUAAAUAGCCUGGAGAUCAUCUUUCCCACUUUUGCAGGGACUUUGACUGACGUGAUCUAAUGCUGGUCUUGUCCAGGUACCAUGGGCUGCUGUGAGUUCACCCAUGUGAUAGCAUUGCCAUGUCCAGAGGACAGCAUUUCACAACAUCCUGCCUUCUGGCUUUUGCAUCCUUUCUAGCCCAUAUUCCUCAGUGUUUCCCAAGCCUUGACUCAUAUAUAGAGAGCUGCACAACUGGCCAACAGGCUAAAAUAAAAGGCUGAGCAUCUCUCUAGUGACUGCUGCCCACUGUAAAAGGAAGUUUCCUCUACUCAGGUUCUGUUAUAGGUAUAAGCAUUGAGUUUGUGUUGUGUUGGCCAGUUAGUCCUGGGCAUGGGGCCUACCCUGAAGUGUGUUGAUAUACUCAGUGAGACUGCAUUGGAAAAAGCUAAUUUUUCCUUUGCCAGCAGUUAUAAAUUAAACAUAGCUUCUAGGUUAGUAGGUAGGAGCCUGUGUACACUUCCCCUGCUCAGUAUUGUGUUGUACAUGUACUUAUUGGUGCUGGACACCCCACAUUCACUUAUUCUCUGUGUUUUGACCUUCAUGGAUCUCUAGAGUAGCCUUCCAUGAUGAGCCCCACCCCCAAUGAUGAGAAUUACCAUUGUCUGGGUAUAAGAGUAAAAGUUAGAAUACAGUUAGAAGCUGUUGAUCUAGCAAGAUGGGAGUAGUGAGUUCUUCCCUAGGUCCAGUGUCAUCUCUAGAUAUGAGGUUCUUAAGUCCAAUUAGUUUCCAUCAAGAUAUAAGUGCCACUAUUGUGUAUUCCAGGCCUUCUUGCUCCAUCAUACUUCUUUUCCAGAGUUCCAUAACAAAAUUCUGCCUAAACUUCAUUGGAGUGUCUCUCUUAGGAAUUUUUAAAUGAAAUAAAGUUUUUGAUUAUGCUAGACCAUCCUCAUUUGUGGAAGAUGGAAAAGAGAAAAUUCCAUGGGAUUAAAAGCUAUAGUACAGAAAAAAGAAGCAGUUUGGUACUCUGUCCAUAAAACAAAACAAUCAUAGUAUCUUUAUUUAUGUAAAACCUCCGGCUGAACUCAUAGCCCUUUAACUGGAGAUUAUUCUAGCUGUCAGACACAAAGAGGCAUUUCUUUGUGCCGUGGAUAGUAGUUAGAGCAGAAAGGCACAGCUGGUCAAAGUGCAGAGAAUGAGUGUCAGGGGAGAGCUCAGCUCCACAUGGGACAUGUACCUCACACCCUUCCCCAAGGUUCAGGGACCAUUGAGGAAGAGGAGGCAGAAACCGUGUAAGAAGUGAAGGUCAGGGAGGACUGUACUGAAAUGCUGUCUUCUAGAUAUUACAGCCUGCUGCAUGCAUGAACUCGCAGAAGCUCUGGUUGCCGGCACAAGACCAAGUCUGGUGUGGGAAUGGAUUCUUGAACCCUGACCAGCAACCAAGGAGCUGUGGACAGUAGAUGUAUUCUAGGGAAGAGAGGGUCAUUUUUCUUCAAUGAUAUAGCUCCUGGCAGAUUAGCCAUGCUCAUGUCACUCAUCCCAUACCCAGGAAUAUAUGGAUAGCAAUAAUUGGAUUCUCUGGGCUAUUAAAAAAAAAAGAAAAUGACAUUGUGGGACAUAGGCGGUCAGAUGUAUUUGGGAAAAUAUAGGGGCAGAACUUGUGAGUAAAUAUUAUUGAAACACAUUGUUUGAAGUUCUCAAAGAAUUAAAAAAACUAUUUUUAAUGGAGUACAUUUCAAUGAAAAUAAACGUGGUACUAUAGGACUCUUACAUACAGAUUUGAGACUUAAAUGCUUUGAGACUAAUUUUUGAUACUUAGCCUAUGCUUCUCUUGUCUUUAGGUUUUUCUUAAUAAGAUGCCUUCUUGCUUCAGACAAUUGUGUGAGAAAUGUGUCCUAAUACAGCAGGGCUCUGCUAUAAGAGCUGCCCUCUCAAUGCCUAAGUGUACUUGGCCUGUGUUCGUGCUGCCAUGUGACACUUCUGGGAGCUGCCACAAGGGGUCGCAAUAAACGCUAUGCAAUAGUCACUUCAGUGCCUCAGUGUAUUUUACUUAGAUUGUUCACAAGGACAAAGCUUCAACGCAGUAUAGUGAAGUGGACAGAAAACCUACCAGAAUUGUUAUGAAGAUGAUUCCUAGUCUUUGCCAGUGGCCUUCACUUCUGCUCCUGAAAGUGGAGACAACUUUGACUUUGGUCAUGUAACAAAUCUAAAGUUUCAGAACCUUAAUUCUUGUUGCCUUAAGGACUGACUUCUAGUAGUUAGAAUAUCUGUCUGGGCCAUUAUUAUCCUUAGUAACUGGAUGCUUAGUAUGUUGCUCAGAAGAACAAGUGAAAACGAGUUUCAUUUUUCCAGUUGUCCAUUAUAUGUUACACAUAGGAAAGCCAGCUCAGUGUCUACAGAACACAGGUUAGGACAGACCUGAACUCGAAAAAAACCUCAGUGAUGUUAUGUAGUUUUCAAAACCAUCAUAGUACAGUUCCUACUAGAUAUAAUCAGGGAUCUCUUCUAGCCUUCCCUUUCCCCAGUUCCAAGACUUAACUCACUUGGGGUCCUUGUAUAGCGGCACCCCACUUCUGAUACCAAGUUCUGUCUUAGUCUCUCUUGGUUGUUUUAUACAAUACCACAGACUUGGUUUCUUAAAAAAUAACACAGAUUUACUUCUUGUUUUUGGAGGCUGAGAAAUGCAGGUGGCAUCUUGAUUCAUAGACAGCUGUUCUCUUCCUGUGACUCACGUGACCCUAGGGGAGUGAGUUCUCUGAGGUUUAUUACAGCACUGGUCCACUCAUUCCCUACUUACUUCCCAAAGGCUCCACCUUUCUAUAUAUGGUAUUUAUUUAUUCAUUAAAAAUAAAUAGGGUUUUACUAUAUAUCUCUGACUGGCCUGGAACUCUCUUUGUAGAUUUGGCUGGCUUCAAAUUUCAGAGUUCUGCCUCCCAAGUGCUGGGAUUAAAGGUGUGCACCACCACACUUGGCAAAUGCCUAAUAUUUGACAUUAAAAUUUUAGCAUAUUGUCCGUAGCACUAGUGUAGAGUAAGUUGAUUACCCUAGAGCAGGACGGGCACAAUUCUGCCCAAGUAAUGCAUCUUGGAAUCAUCAGAGUAUGUGGUGUGGGGGUUCAAAGAGCAGUGCUGAUUAGUUUAUGUUACAGAAAACCUUGUAGUCUUGAAUAUUUUUAUAAAACAUUCUUACCGUUCUUUAUUUUUUGUUGUUUUUUAAAUUUUUAUUAUUAGUGAGUAUCUUUAUUGCAUAUUGUAUUAUCAACAUAUAUACACUAUAUAAUAUAACAAAUAUAUACUAUGGGUAUAGUACCUAUAGUAUAAUAAUAAAUUAUAUUACCAAAAGUAUUGGAAAAAUUCAGGGGGUAUGAAAUUAUGCAUUAUGACACUAGAGUAAGAAAAUGUAGCCUGAGUUGACACUCUGCAAUGUAUUACCUUUAUUAUCUUGUUCACAUUACUUGGUCUUUCUACCUAUUCUGCCAUACACCUGCUGUACUAGCUAACCCUGUGUUACAGUGUGAUGAUUAGAUAAGCAAAUGUUCACACUUUAUAUUUUUAUAUAAAUGCUGUUAUCUGUAGCCAUUUGUGAAGACUGUUACUAAAAUUUGUCCACUAAGAGAGAUCGAUGAAUGAUAGUUUUAGGGAGAUGCCCCCUUGUUCUUGUUUGUUAUUUAGUAUGGAUUUUAUUGACUGCUGUGAUAGUUUUAGGGAGAUGCCCCCUUGUUCUUGUUUGUUAUUUAGUAUGGAUUUUAUUGACUGCUGUGAAAUCGGCAUGGUGACAGGCAUGAGAGAAAGAAGGGGAAGGGUUCCGGGAAAGGCGUUGUGAUUUUAUGUUGGUACUAAACCCAGGGACUAGGAGGCUACAAAGAUGGCUCAGUGAUGAGAGUGCUUGUAGAGGAAGUUCAGUUCUCAGUACCCAUGUUUGACAGACUGUAACUCCAGCUCCAGGGAAUCCAAUGUCUUUAUACAUAUCCAUAUCUCCCGUACCCUCUCAUUUACUCUCUCUCUCUCUCUCUCUCUCUCUCUCUCUCUCUCUCUCUCUCUCACACACACACACACACACACACACACUCACACUAAUAAAAAACAAACAAACAAAUAGCUCCUGAAUUCCCAGAAUAUUCUUGGUUACCCCUAUAGGAUUUCUGAUAGUUUUGUGCACAGCUUCAAAUGACAUAAUGAACACUGACCUGGUCCCUAAUAAACCUUCCUGCUUGAUGGAUGAGUACAGUUCAGACCUGAAACCCAAAGAGGAUGUUUUGUUACCUCUCCAUUACCUUGUCCUGAAUCUUGGAACAUGAAUCUUGGUACUUGACCAAGAAAGAGGACAUAGAAAUGACCAAGUCUGUAGAUCUGGACCCCAAUUACUCCUUCACAGAAGAUCAAUAAGGAAAAGAAAAGAAGAGAAACCAAUCAGUCUUCCCAGAGCAGACCUGCCCAUUCCUGUGUUCCAGGAUGUGAUACUGGGUACAGCACACCAGAGUGAGCUUUUAUGUCCUAGUGACUUCUUUACCUGUAACUGUGGACCCAUCGGUCCCCCAGGCUCUACCACAUUAACGUAAAACCUAGGUGUGGCUGGAGAUAGGAUUUACUGGGGAGAUGGGCAAGGGACCACGGUGUGAGCAGGAGCAGAGGUGACUCUAAGAUUUUAUCCUCUCAACAGCUUAAUUAUAACCAGUCAGAGGUGAGGCCAUCUGAACAUCUCAGGCCUGAACAAGAGAGAGAUCUGUAUUUGUCUUCUUGACUGCCCUCCCUUGUUCCUUUUUACUCCUUGGUUUCUUCAGUCUGUGCCUCUGAGGCUUCUGACAUGAGUCAGGAGUGGACAGUGAUGAAUGUUCCUAGCACAUCUGAUUAUCAGGCCAUAAGUGUGCCCUCCAUAUCACUUAGUGUGCAAAAUGAGAACCACAUCAUCCAAUCGAGAGCACGAGAAGAAAUUCUACAACUAACCUACACGGGCUGUUAUGAAUAUUCAAAAUUUUACUACCAUGGACUUAAGUUUUAGGUUUUUUUGUUUUUGUUUUUUUUCCCCAGUGAUUGAGCUGAUUGGCAGACUUAAAACUGACAUUGUAAUUGAUGGGAUAUUAAUGGUUUUGAGGCUGGGUAUAUUCCAAGAGUCUUUGAAAUGAACUCAGUUAUUUUUCAAACACACAGAAUAAACUCCUUUGAUGAGUCCACUCAGAGGAGGGGGAAAAAGGACAGUUUUGUGGAAUAAUGCCCUUGAUAAAGCAAUAAAAGUGAUUAAUUAAA